GGAUAUUAUUGAUGAAGGUGAUUUCUUUGAGAUUAUGCCUAAUUAUGCACAAAAUAUUAUCAUUGGUUUAGCACGAUUAGCUGGUCGUACUGUUGGAAUUGUAGCAAAUCAACCAAAAGUAUCCGCUGGUUGUUUAGAUAUUAAUGCAUCAGUGAAAAGUGCACGAUUUGUUCGUUUCUGUGAUGCAUUCAAUAUCCCAUUGAUUACAUUCGUUGAUGCACCAGGAUUUCUGCCGGGUAAAAUGCAAGAAUGCAAUGGGAUUAUAAGACAUGGUGCAAAAUUGAUUUUUGCCUAUGCUGAAGCAACUGUACCAAAACUUACAAUAAUCACUAGAAAAUCAUAUGGUGGAGCGUAUUGUGUCAUGAGUUCGAAACAUUUACGUGGUGAUAUUAAUUAUGCUUGGCCAACUGCUGAAAUUGCUGUAAUGGGUGCAAAAGGUGCUGUGAAAAUUAUUUUUCGCAAUACACCUAAUCAACAUGAAGCUGAAGAAGAAUAUAUGAAAACAUUCAUUAAUCCAUUUGCAGCACUUACUCGUGGCUAUAUUGAUGAUGUUAUUGAACCGGAUGUAACACGCGCACGUUUAUGUCAUGAUUUACAAUGGUUGGAAAGAAAGACAUUAAAGAAUCCAUGGAAAAAACAUUCGAAUAUGCCUCUGUGAAUCAAUGUGUGGAGUGAGGUGAGGUGGGGUGGGGAUUGGUAGAUUUUUUUCCCUAAUUUCUUAAGAAAACUUUUUUUGUCUUUUCUCAGUGUAAAAUGCAUUUCUACUAUUUGACUUCUUUUUAUUUUGUUUCUUCUUUUUGUAUUCAGAUUUGUAUUGUAGUACUUAUUUUUUUCUUAGAAAUAUUUAUAUACUACUGAUAAAACUACUAACUACUAGAUUUUGAUGUCUAAAUAAAUAUUUAUUAUACAUUGUAUUCAAUUCAUUAUGUGUGUGAUUUGUAAAUAGCAUCUGAC